AUGGCGAUGCAUUCCGGCGUGGCGAUCGUGCCCGCCAUUGCGCUGGUCGCGGUGUCCAUGUGGUACCGGCCUGCCACGCCCAGCAGUGCCUCGCAGAAAGCGGCGCGGGGGAGGGCCCAGCGGAUUCAGAAGCGAAUCCAUGGCGGAGGCUUCUCCGGCACCAAGAGUCUGUCCAUGAUCCAGCUGAAGCCAGAGCUCAAGCAGCAGGUCUCUGUGGAGAUGGAGCAGACGCCCUACACCCCUGCGUUUGAGCAGCUGCGCAUGCCAGGCGCCGGCAGCGGCGCUGCCAGCGGCUGCCCGCACCAGGCCGAGCAAAUCGCCGGCCGAGCUCGGGGGGGCGUGGGAGGAAUUGUCAAGGUUGCACUGGGCAACUUGGUGGCUCCCAAAGGCGGCUCCUAUCUGCUGUCGGACUCGGCGAACCUGGGCUCGUUGACGGUGGCCAGUGGCGCCGAACUGGUGGUGGCGCCCAACGUGGAUUUGUCGCUCCGCGCUUUGUACGUGGAAGGACUGGGAGGAACUCUCCGCAUGGGCUCUGCGACGUGCCCUUUAAGCGGCGUCACAGUGACCUUCACCGGGGCUGGCGAUAAAGGCGCCAGGUCCUCUAACCCGUUGGAGACCAAGGGUCUGGUGGUGGGCGACGGCGGGCUGCUGGAGGUCUUCGGCGUGCGGUACGCGCCCACCUGGACGCGGCUCAGCGCCCAGGCGCAAGCGGGGAGCAGCACGCUGCAGCUCAUGGACGAGGUGGACUGGCAAGUGGGGCAGCAGAUCGUGGUUAUCACCACCGCGUGGACCGAUGAUCCGGACGAUCAUCAGAACGAGGUGCGGGAGAUCACCGCGGUGACGAUCUCAGAGCCGCUGCAACAUGAUCACUACGGCGGGCCGGAGUAUUUUGCUGAAGUGGCGCUGCUCUCGCGCAGCAUCACGUUCCAAGGAGAUGAGGCCAGCGAGGGGAGUCGCUAUGGGGGCCACUUCAUGUGCAUGGGCAGCGCGGUGUGCCGAGUGGCCGGCGUUUUGGCCUACCGCAUGGGCCAGGAGAACGUCAUGGGCAGGUAUGCCUUCCACUUCCACAUGAUGGGGGACGUGGCAGGCGAGUCCUUCUUCGAGGACAACGCGGUGCGGCACAGCUUCUUCCGCGCCUUCACGAUCCACGGCACCUCCUCCUCCCGGGCCUCGCGGAACGUGGCCUACGACGUCUCCGGCAGCGCCUACUACUUGGAGGAUGGCAUUGAGGAGAACAACCUCUUUGACUACAACCUGGCCGCCCGGGUGAGAAUCAUCGAUCAGCUCAGCGACUACGGCGGAGGUGGACAAGGUGGCGGCGUCACAGUGCACACGCAGCCAAGCCGUAUCGUGCCGACAGAUGCCACGGCCGUGGGCUUCUACUGCACCAACGCCAAGAACAGGCUCGGAGUUUGA